CACACACACCUGAUUCACAGCCUGAGCUGCUGCUACCUGAAGUUUCAGCUGAAGAUCAUGAGUUUACCCGACUAUAAAUCUCCUGGAAAACAGUCCUCAGCACCUGUGCAGUCGAAAUCCCAAGUUGUGCAGCUGAACAUCGGAGGUCAUGUCUUCAGCACCACUCUGGGAACCAUCCGUAAGUUCCCGAACUCCACACUGGCAGACCUGUUUAACGGAUCAACCAAACGGAUGGACUCUGAGGGCCGUCACUUCGUAGACCGUGAUGGGACUUAUUUCAGGUACAUCCUCGAGUACCUCAGAACGGAGAAACCUCCUACUGAACACCUGCAGGAGGUGCAUAAGGAGGCGCUUUACUACGACAUCAAACCUCUGGUCAAAGCCAUCGAGGAGACGCCGCAGUUCUUCGGAGAGACGGUCGGGAGACAGCAGUUCUUGGCCCGUGUGCCGAAUUACCGUGAAAACCUGGAGGUGAUUGUGAGGGUGGCCAGAGCCGAGGCCAUCGCCUCACGCCACUCCAACAUAAUCGUGUGUGUGGUGAGGACAGAAGAUGAUUUAGCCAGAUACAACAACGCUAUCGACAGUCUCGGCACCCCGAGAGAGUCCGUGGUGAGCUUCGGUCCGUGGAAAGCUCCCGCAUCAGUGGAAGACCUGUUAGAUUGCGUCAAAAUGGACAUAGAAGCCAGAGGAUAUAAAGUAAAGAUCCAACCACACAGCAUAGACAAAGGGUUUCUCUUCAAGAGCUACGACUUCUUCUAUAAACUGAUUUUCACUUGGUGGUGAAGAACUUCAGGCCCAAGCUCAUAACCUGGAGACAGGGAUUUAAAAAGUGAAGGAAUGUUUAUAUAUUAGCCUAUAUAAUCAGUGUAUCAAACAAAUUCGACAUCAACAGCUUCUGUCCUCUAGCAGACCCACCUAUCGACAGCUGUCAGUCAUGUGCAAUGGUGUGCUUAUCUCUCAGUAUCUGUUAACCCCUUGUUUAAUGUUGACUCUAGUUGAACAAUCCUGGCCUUUGGCUUAAAAUAGCUUCUGGACAAAUGUGUCUUUAUUAGGAAUAUUCUGGUUCGGGUUUUUUUUGUGGCAUGCUUUGGAUUGCAACAGAAUAUUAUUUUGACUAAAUUGUGUGUACAGAAAUGCCCUUAACAUAAUUUAGGUAAAUGCAUAGUUUUAGUUUUAGAUGCUGCGGCCUUUAAUUAGCUUUUAGUUUAACUAUAAACCCUUCAUAUCAGCUUUAGGUCUUAAGGAAUGUUUUUGGCUUGUUAAUUUGUCAACACGUGAGAAUUGUAAAAUUUUAUGCAUGCAACUGUUAUGUAUUUGGUUGAUGCUUUUAUCCAAAGCAACAUGCAUUGUUUUAAAGGUAUACAUUUUAUCAUGUUUUCCCAAUGCAUUAUGUAAGAAUGUGGAAACAGGUCCACUUCAUAUACCAACAUUAUAAUCUCCCUAAUUUGUGCUAUGUGUAAAUAAUGUUUGUUUUCACUUUGUACAGCAUGUGUUUAUGAUGCCAAGACACUUGAUUAAGCCUUUGCUCAUGUAGAUCAUUAACAGUGCAAAAUAAUAUUAAGAAAGAGUGAUGUGCCAUUUCCAGCAGAAUUGCUGUUGUAGUAUCUUAUUACUUCAUAUAUGUUUAAAAAAACCAGGAUUCCAAAAAUUUUUUUGAAUGUCAAAAAUAAAUUU